AUGACGUCCCAGAUCUUGGACGCUGCCCAGGCUUCUUCAGCCUCAAGCAACGGCAGCGACUCCAAGUCGAACACGCCGGCUCCGUCAAGCGCAACGUCCAACACGUCUCAGCACAGCUCUGGCGAGGAUAACUUGACCUGUCGCUGGAACUCCUGCAACCAGAAGUUUGCUAGCCCGGAGACACUCUAUGAACACAUAUGCGAACGCCAUGUUGGUCGCAAGAGCACCAACAAUUUGAACCUCACCUGCCAGUGGAAUUCUUGCCGCACUACCACCGUCAAGCGUGACCACAUCACGUCUCACAUCAGGGUCCAUGUUCCUCUCAAGCCUCACAAGUGUGAGUUUUGUGGCAAGAGCUUCAAGCGUCCUCAGGAUCUGAAGAAACACGUCAAGACGCACGCCGAUGAUUCUGUUCUUUCUCGCCCUGGACAGGAUCAUCAGGGCCUCAACUACAGAGCCCAAGCGCCCAAGGGCCCGAGCUACUAUGAUCACAAUGGCCAGAUUCGUUCUGGAGGCUUCUCGCACCAUCCAAGCCACGGCUAUUAUGCUCCCCAGCCCUCAACUAGCUACGGUCUCUACUUCAACCAAUCUCCCAUGAACACAUCUCGCGCCGAGAACGUUGGCUACCACGCUUCUGCCUCUGCUGGUGGCUACGACCGCAAACGCGCGUACGACAUGGUUGAUGACUUCUUCGGCAAUGCCAAGCGCCGCCAGAUCGACCCGACAUCAUAUACCCAGAUUGGACGCUCCCUCUUGCCUCUCCAUGGCUCGCUCUCUAUCCCAAACGGUCCGAUGACUCCUGCCGAGCAGUACAUGCCUCAGCCUGCACCUACCAUGGUUCACAGUGGUCCAACACCGACCCAGAACCCCCUCGCUCAGCAGUAUUAUCUGCCCAUGCCGAAUGCUCGGACACAGAAGGAUCUUGUCCAGCUUGACAACCUGCUCGGACAAAUGCAGGACACCAUCUAUGAGAACGCCAACCAUGCCACAGCCGGCGUUCACAUUCACAGUGGUGGCGAGGGCGGCUUUGGCGGAUACCGACACAGCCAGUCUCCGACCGUCCUCCAGCGCGGAUCUCCAACGGGUCUUCAUGUGGCCGCCGAGGGUUAUCAUCCAGUCUCAGCUGCUAGUAUGGCCUCGCCUCUUACUGCCAUAUCAUCCACUGGCACACCUGCUGUCACACCGCCGUCAAGCUCCAUGUCAUACACCUCGGGCCACUCGCCUAGCCCUUCGGCUUCAUCUGGGCUUUCUCCCCAGUCCCGCCACAGCAGCACCACAACGUCGUCUGCCAUGUAUCCCAGCCUGCCCACCAGUCUCCCUGCUGUGAGUCAGGGCUUUGGUUCUACCACUGCCACCCUUGGCUCCAGCUUCGACAGCAGCGAGCGUCGUCGGUACUCUGGCGGUAUGCUCCAGAAAGCUCGGACGAUUCCUCCUAUCCGCCCUGCUGAUGAAACCAAUGGGCGUUAUACGCCCAAGGCUGGUGACUCUGCCCUCUCCGUUGGCUCGCCAUCGUCUGAGUCGGACGUCAGUGAAACCACGAGAGAUCGCGAGGAGCAGUAUGACCGGUGGCUGGAGAAUAUGCGUGUCAUCGAGACCCUGCGAGAGUAUGUCCGCGGCCGUCUUGAGCGAAAGGAUUUCGCCAGCGAGGGUGAGACGGAAGCUCCUCAAAGGGAUAGCGACGCUAUGGACGUUGAUGUCAAAAGCCCCCCGAGACACACCAUUGGCCUUCGUGAGGGCGGCUCAUCGCUGUACCCUCGCCUCCCGGUUCCCGGUUCCUAA